AUGGAGAAGCUGAACAAUGAAGAUGGACAGCUUUUCAUAAAGAAUCUCGCCAGUUUUGUACGAACCCAUGAGAAGGCACUCGCCAACGCGCUUCAGUUGAAACGUCAGCCUAGCAAAAAUGCGUCCACUCAGUCGAGCUCGUCUACGAGCUCGGCCUCAUCGGCUUUGGCAGCAGCCUUGUCAUUCGGUGCCUUGAAAUUCACCUCUCAAACUAUCAAACCCGCUAAACUUACCCUGACCCCUCACCACCUCUUCUAUCUCCUCUCCCGAUUCGAAGAUCUCUCUAUAGCCGUGGGCCCUAUGAAUGUUAGACUGGAGAAUAUUCAUACCGACGUGUCGCAGUCCUAUGUUUCGUUCCUGAAUAAGCCUCAACGGUCCAGGGGCGACAGGGAUUCUAUCCACUCUGUAUCAAGUGUCCGUAGUGUCAUGUCUGGUAUGAGUGCUCUCUGGUCGUCAUUUGGGCUAGGCUCGAAGGACUCCGUCUCCAAGUCAGAGAAGGCCAAAGCAGCCCUAGAAGCAGAUCUUAAAUAUCUAUACUCUGCUUUUACUAAAAUUCCGUGCUUGCGUCUAGCCCCUGACCGUCGUGCCCGCCUGAUCCGCGGAUACGAAGAGUUUCCUUUUGAUACCGCUGUCCCUCUCCACUCCUUUAAAAACUUGGGUGGACUAGAGAUAAUUGAUAUAGACUUUCGCUCGUUUUUCGGCUGGGACCGACUAUCCGAGCAACUACGCACCCUUACUGUGAAGAGAGCCAAGAUCGAGGACCCCGCGGAUCUGUUGACGGGAAUAGUGUUGGACGACAUUGACAAGCGUCGGCGCCGGUCGUCCAAGAAUCAGCAAUCGCCUGUCCUGGGGUGGAGUGGGAAUACAUACCCUCAGCCGGUCUACAAGUCCGACAUCCCUGGCUCCCUCUCUGCUCCCGGGUCUCCGGUGGCUGAUACGGCGUUCGGUACCAGCACCAGUCCCCAGGCGGUCCCCAUGCUUAGAGUAGGAUCCGAAGGUGCUAGAGGCCAUGCACGAACGGGAAGUAUUUCGCCCACGCGCCCGACAAGCUCCAAACACUCUUCCCACCGCCAUAGCCGGCGCAUACGACGUACCGGAUCUGGUAGUUCAAACUCGAGUGAUAACACCGGUCAUCGUAAUGGAAGUUCUUCGAACCUCGCUGCUGGCGGUCUUCCGCCGUCCAAAUGGCAAUUUUUGCGGCAUCUGGGUCUCCCAGAUAACUCUUUAACCUCCGUCACGGCCGCCGGACUUGCUCCGGUUGCCAAUACGCUGUACUCUCUUGAUCUGUCGGCGAAUCUCUUCACCGAGGUCCCGGACAGCCUCGCAACGCUAGUUGCUUUGCGAGCCCUUAAUCUCUCCAACUGCAUGAUAGAAUCUCUCCACUCACUGUCUCGCAACCCUCUUCCUGCUAUAACUGCUCUUAACCUUCGCGGCAACCGGCUUCGCUCGCUUGCGGGCAUUGAAAGGCUACUAUCCCUGGAAAGACUGGACCUCCGAGACAACGACCUGACCGACCCCACUGAGAUUGCCAGGCUAACGAGUCUCCCUGAAAUACGGGAGAUUUGGGUGUCUGGGAAUCCUUUCGUGAAAACGCAUUCUGGCUACCGCAUUGUAAUUUUCAACCUCUUCCGUCGUACUCCGGGAUACUCGGAAGACAUCAUUAUCGAUGGAUCCGGCCCAGGGUACACAGAGAGGAAGCAGCUAGUUGAUCGGGUUGCCGAGCCCGAAGGUACACCGAUCAUACGAUCAGCUGCCGCGGACCACUCGGCCGUCGUCAGCAAGCCAGCCACCACCGCAGUACCGGGAGCCGCAGCUGCCGGGCCCGCUGAGGGAGAAGAUGGUUAUGCACGACGAACACCACAAAAUGAAUAUGGCGUUGGGUCUACUCGUCGGAAGAAAGGUCAUCGAAGGAGGAUCGUCAACACGUCUGUGGAGAAGGCCUCAACUGAUGGUAAAGAAACCCCAGGUGCGAUGGUGCCUUCUGUCCUUCCUAUUCAGCAUAUUCAAUUACCCGUUGAUCCAUUUGUGACACCGUCUUCCGACCGUCAACGGAGAUCUGAUGGUGGACCUCAGGUCGGACCUGCGAAAGUUCGAAGCCCAGAAAGGGUCGACAGUGAUCCAGACCUCCCCAGCCAGCCGCUGAACGAGUCUCUUGUCAUACCGCGGGUAGUCCAGGAGCUGGACUGGAACGCGGAUGGCCAGUUCUACCGGCGGCAACUGGAGGCUCUGAAACACGACGUCGGCAACACCUGGCUCCAUGCGCUGGGGGACCGUGGCUGGGAUCAGCCACCACGGGACAUCAACAUUCCUCGCACGGGGGUGAACCUCGGGGAUUCAGCAAUUAUCCCAGCGGAGGCACUUACCCGGGCAAACAACCUGCCCAUUCUCAGCGGAGGCCGACCCUGA